UUGCAUGCCUUUUGAAGAUAAACUACCAAUUCAUCGACUAAUCAUAAAUUGAUCUGAUCAUAUACGAUAAUUUCUGAACACAGUUUGAAACCAAAGUCGAAACAUUCAUCGAUGUUUUUCUCCAUUUGCUGUCAAUGUUAGAUUCGCCUUUCUUUGAAAAACAGCUGAAGUUUCCCAACAUAUUCAAUUUAAGAAAAAUACUAACAAACAGAAGUAUCCAAAGAUUUGGUACUAUUAUCAAGAACAACCAACAUGAUCGUAUCACACUUCGUGAUUUCAGGUUUUCUCUUUGAAUCAUCCAGUGAUUGUUUACUUUCCACAGGACAGGACUUAAACACAAAUUGAACGUAAAUCUAAUUGAAAUUAAUAAUUUUAAAAAGAUGAUCCGAAAAACAAAAUAUGUAAUAUCAAACUACAUUAUUACCGACGAUACUGACAACACUUUUUUUUACCACCCUGCAGUAAUAUUAAUUUCAACAACUUGUACUUAUGACAAUUUCAACCAAUCACGAGCUGGUCCGAAACUGGCUCUCGAAGUGGAUUAACAAUCUGAAAAAUUGUCAGGUCCUGUCCUAGUUCAGAUCCUGUCCUAGGUUUUUGUUUUCUUUUGUUAUCUGAGCAAAACAAAUGAUUCUCAAUUAAUAUUGGCCAAAUUGAAUAGUUAGUAUAAACAUCUGAAAAUAUGACGGUUUACAAAUUGGAAAAGUUUCCUUUCGUGUGCAGAAUGUGUUUAACAGCAUCUACCGGGAAGGAUGCUGUGCCACUAAGUGAAGAAGAUGUAGCUUUCGAUGGCAGUAUGCUAGAUUUUAUAACUUCAAUAACAUUUGAAAUAUCAGAGGAAAAAGCGCCCUUCCUUCCUCAAACCGCAUGCCGAAACUGUUGGGAAUUGCUAAAAUUUUUUGCAAAAUUCCGUACGAAAUUGUUUACUAUUCAGCUAUUGAUAAACUCGUUAAUUGAGUUGAAACGAUCAAAUCCCGUACCGAUUAGGGACCUCUUCGAAAACAAACAAGAACUUCUUAAAAUUUUAUUCAAAGAUCUCGACAUUUGUAACAAAGAUGAAGUGCUGGUGGAUGAUUUACUGAAUGAGUUCCCAACCUAUUGCAUUGCUAAAAUGUCGAAGAGUGACAAAGAAGCUGCAGUUUUAAACGAGAAACAGACUAUUGAGGAACUGGCCGUUUUUCCCGAAGCUAUCUAUGCAGAAGAAUGCACACCUGCUGAGAUCGCAGAGCUCAUUCAGGAGCCAGCAGAUAAACCGAAGCGUACAAUCAAAAUAUCGACGAGGUUCCAAAAAGGGGCUAACACGGUUGUACCUGAUAACCGUAAGUGGCUUGAUGAAUUGUUGGGUAGUGAUUCUGAUGAAUUGAAUAUUUCGGAUUCGAUUGAUCCCGAUACCGUUGUUAGAACAUACGGUGGCAAGAAGCGAGAUAAGCCAUUGAAGUGUAAAAAAUGUACGUACUCAUCCUACUAUUUAGCUAGCAUUCGAAGUCACCAGUUGACUCAUCUCAAAAAAGAGAAAAAACGGCACCAGUGUAAGCACCUUGGAUGUACAGAAGAGUUCAAGACAGCCCGGUUAUGCAACAAUCAUUACAACCAAGUCCAUAAGCCUUUCGUUUGUGAAACCUGUGGAUCAAGAUUUCCCGGACUGUGUGCACUUUCCCGUCAUAGAGAACGUCACCUAAAUGAGAAGAAAUAUCGCUGUGACUACUGUGGAAAGGGUCACAACACCAGCGACGAUUUGAGACUUCAUAUCAACAUUCAGCACAAUGCCGCUUAUCUAUUUCCCUGUGAUGUUUGCGGGUUGGAAUUCAAAAGGAAAGAUAUUUUGAACAGUCACCAGAAAAUUCACUCAGACGCAAAAGAUUACCAAUGCGAUGUAUGCGACAAGCAGUUUAAAAAAGUAUGCAGUCUUAACAGACAUAGGAAAACGGUACACGAGAAAGUUCGAGUAGCCUGUGAACAUUGCGAUGAAAUGUUUCCUCGACGAACCAAACUUCGUGAUCAUAUCGAAUAUGUACACGGAAUUCGAUCUCGAUUCAAUUGUGAUAUAUGUUUGCAGUUAUUUGACAGUCAAGAAACUUUAGAUGUACAUAAAAAACGCCACGAAAAUCCUAAGGAUCUUGAAUGUGGUGUUUGUUUAGCGCUCUUCGCAUCUCCGGAGAUGAUGAAGAAACAUUUGUGUAUUUCCUACAGAGAUGAUUAUAUUUGCUGUGGUCGAGAUCAUCGAUACCACUAUCCCUACAAUAAACAUAUGCUGAUAAAACACGGAAUUAAAACGAACGUCAGAGUUAAACCCGUGCCGGGACAACUGGUCGGUUACCUGCGAGCGAAGAGGAAGCGUGUCGAAACAUGUUCAAAAUGUGAAGCAAUUUUUGCGACCAGACUCUUGAAAAGAAAACACAUGGAAAAAUGUGUUGGUAUGACAGAUGAUACUGAAAAUACUGCUCUAAUAACCGCCGCGCAGCAGAGUUCAAACUUGUAAACUAACUGGUUGAACAAACAUUCAUUUUACGGAAUAAUUUGAAUUUUUUAUUGGAUAAAUUUCUGUUUCAAAUAGUGGUUUAUUCUAGAGAACAAUUUGACGAAUAAGACUAUUUUAUCUGUUUUUGUUUUCGAGUGUGAUGGAAAAAUGAACUCGUCCACGAGUCAAAAAAUUAAUCGAAAAUUUUGAAAUAUAUCACGCUAUGUCAUUGAA